AUGACAGACGUCCAUACCGGUAACCUGGAAGAAUAUUCUGCUGUUCAGUCUCUGGAAAGGGUUGCCAGCGUCGAGCAAGAACAGACAAACAUGGAAAACCAAGCCGUUGACCCAGUUCAACCAUCUCGCCUGCUAUUUUUUACGGAUAUCCUUUUGCGAUUGCAUUUACGCCAGGCCAUCAUGCUGCGGCAGUCAGAAGAUGAAGAGGACAGCGAGACAUCUGGCAAGAGAAUGCUUCGGUGGAGAAGAAAGCAUCUGUUAUUGGGUUGCAUUAUACUGACCAUCGUGCUACUCGCGGCAAUUCUCCCGCCGAUUAUUGUUCAUGCUGUCAGACAGAAAAAACGCAGUCGGCGACCCACAAUGCGGGUUGGUAAUCCCUACCCUCGCAGUUGUGCUCGAAGUGUCCCAUGGUAUUUUGGAGCAGAAACUUUGCCAACACCAGCGAGCUUCCUGGGAUUAACAUAUCGGUACACUGCGAAUGCCACGAUGUCCCUCUCUGCUAGCGCAGAUAUGCUUGACCUUGUAACACAAGAGUAUUGGAUGAAUUAUGCCCACGGGCCUGUGGAGUUUCUGGUUAAUGAUGACCGGAAAUAUAGCGGAAGCCGCGACGUGCAUGUAGAAUUCGUCGCAUUCAUGGAUGAUAGGGAGGAUUUACGAUACGGUGCCACUCUCUGCCACUUGCACCCUGCUCCAAAAUCCGAUGGUGCCGUGCUAAUGAUGAGCUAUCCACGAUAUGGUGGUGGAAGCUCACGUCGGAUGGGAUUUUUGGUCAAGGUUAUCUUCCCCCCUUUGGAAGGUUCUCCGCUGCACAUCAAGCGAUUCCAAACGAAUAUGCCCCGAUUCAUUCACAACGUUGGAGACCUAUGUGACUGCUUGUUUUUCGAACACAUUGCACUACGGACCAUCGACAAUCCUGUUCAUGUGCAGGCGAGUAAUCUCGCUUUCCAUCCUUGCUGCUGUUAUCAACAUAUAUCUGUGCUCGUACAGUCUUUAAAAGGUGGGACGCUACAGAUAAUAACUUCCAACGGCUUUAUAAAGGGGUCGGUGGAUGCAGUGUCCUCCGUGAGUCUGCAGACACAGAAUGCUCCCAUAGAGGUGGAUGUUCGUGUUGCGAUGAGCGACGUAGGUAAGCGUGGUGUUACCUCUAUUCAGACCACAAAUGCAUACGUGAUUUCCAUGCUUCAUAUUUCUGCCAACGUCAGUCUCCUUGCGCAGGGUGAAGAUACUGCAUUCACAACCACCGUGCGGACAACUAAUGCUGCCCUCGAUGUUACAUUCCCGGAGAUUCCCCCAGAUAGCCUGUUAGACAUGCAUGCUUCCACGACAAACGCACCUGCGAUAGUGCACAUGCCUAAGACAUUCAAGGGGUACUUCAAUCUCAUGUCUUCGAACUGGCACUAG